AUGGCUCAAAUAAAGAGGGCAAAUUUAGGGGUGCAACAGAGGCUAUCGUGUUAUUAUGGUUUUCCGGAACGUAGUAGGAGAAGGCAAGCGUGGGAUAUGAUUCGUGACUUGAGGAACAUGUCGAGCAUUCUGUGGGGCAUUAUCGGUGAUUUUAAUGAUCUAUUAUCUCAAAAUGACAAACAAGAUUUACACCCUCACCCUGAGUGGUUGUGUGCUGGUUUUCAACAAAUUGUCGGAGACUGCAACCUUACUAAUAUCCCGCUGGAAGGUCAUCCGUUCACGUGGGUUAAGAGUAGAGGGACUGCUCACAUGAUUGAAGAAAGACAUGAUAGAUCUCUUGCAAACUCUGAUUGGCUCCAAUUGUUUCCUAAUUCUAAGUUACAUAAUUUGCGUCCUAUUUUACUAUGCUGUGAUCCGCUGAUUCAUAAACAGACGAAGAAAGGCUUCAAAUUUGAGAACUGGUGGCUGAAAGAAGCCGGGGUGGAGGAAGUGAUUAGUGAUGGAUGGUUGCCUGAAGGUAGUCAUAAUGUUACAGAUCGGAUUGCUAGUUGUGCUUCAACUGUAGAUCGCUGGAAUCGGGGUCGUAUCAAACACCAUAACGCAGAAAGGGAUAGUUUAAGGGUGACACUUGAAGCUCUCUGCAGUAGUUCGAACCCGGCUAAUAUUGCGAAGUAUAUGGCUACUCAUAAUGAUUAUAAUAAAGUGUUGAUUAGGGAUGAUAUAUAUUAG